AUGAAAUUUCAUGUUAGUCCUCUCUUUGGGUGGGCCAGACAGUCCAGAAGAUCUCUCCUUGGUGUCAAACUGGCAUAUACUCGUUCUAAGACAACAAGUACAUUAGAUGAGCCAAAUAGAGACAUUGGGCUCGAACACAGAGCAGCCUUAUCUGAAGACUUGGUAGGCAAACUUCCUGAACAGCUGGUUUCUGAGGGGAAUGGUUUUGAGUCGACUACUGCGGAAAAUCAAAUCGACACUUUAAGGUGCUAUGAGAAGCUUCUGCGAAGUGGCUUCACACCGAAGCAGAGUUCGCUAGCAAUCGAACUACUUCUCCAAACGCUAAACAAUGAGUUCUUCGAUAACUAUAACGACAAGUAUCUGCGCAAAACGGAGCUAGAGACCCAAUCGCAUCUCUUCAACGCUGCUGAGUCAGAGUUGAGAUACUCGAUUCAGGUCUCAAGAGAAUCGGCUCUGAACGAGCAAAACCUGAAGCUUCUGCAGCUUAAUCGCAGUCUACAUUCGCUACACGAUGAGCUGAAUGAAUUGAUGAUAAACCUAUUGAAAAAGGACUCAAAAGUCGACUUCAAUGAUCGUAAAAUCGAAAACACUCUGUUGCACCGAAACAUUCACCUGAAGCUUAAAGACUGCAACAACAAGAUUGGCACUCGAAUCAUUGGUGAUACCAAAUCCGACAUCGAGAACCUGAGGUGGCAGACGACACGCAGUGGUCUCUUUGCAGUUCUGGGGCUGGUCUUCUUCAUCAUGAGCGGCGUAAGCAUAUCGAAACGCAUGAGCUCAGAAAACGAGAAGCCUGCAGAGGUUGUGCUGCAUACCAUUGAACCAGAGGAAGACGAUCGGGAGGAUGACGAUGAUGAAGAAGACGAUGUUUAA